CAACACCUUGAAGUUUGCUAUGUAGCCUAGAUCAGCUUAAAGUGCCGUGUAGCCCAUGCCAGAUUCAAACUCCAAUGACCUUCAUAGCUCACCACACAUAGUAUUAUUUCUAAUAUCACCAGAGGUCAUGUGAAGACAAAAACUAUUCACCUCAGAUCUAGCAGCACGGGUCUGGGUCUUUGCCCCUUCAAAGUUAGGUGCUGGAAUGAAGAGGAGAACCCAGUUCGUUUGCAAAGCUAAUGUAAUACUCAAGGAGGGUGUCAAGACUGGACUCAGGAUCUGCAGCAAGAGAGAGCCGAGAUCUGAGGCCUCAUCCUAUUCUCUCUCCGCACACAGAGUCCAGGCCGCCGCGCACUCGCUUCCACCUGCCGCGCCGUCGAGAGCCGGGAGGAGGCGGGGACUCGUUCUCCCAGCCAAUGAGAGACGCCGGCGCUGGCAGCUGCCGCUAUAAAGGGCUGGGGGCGGCGGCAGUGCGACCCAGAGCGCGGAGCGCGCAGCGCGGGCCGGUGGGAGGGAGGGAGGGCGGGCGAGAGGAGAGGACCCAUCACCCGGCACGGGACAGGCCGGACAGAGGGCCCGCCGCAGAAGGCAGAGCUGCCGAGAUCUCAGUCGGAAAGAGCGAUUUCUGCGGGCCCCGCGGGGCCGCGCUCCGGGCACCCUCCACUGCGCGCCCGCUCCCUCCAUCCACCUGCCGCCAGGGGUCUGGCCGUCGAAGCGCGCAUCCGCAGGCUCGGGUCAGUUCCCGGCCUUCGAGGGCGCCGCCGCCUCCAUCUCCGCCUCUGCGGCGUCCGCAGUCGCAGACGCCCGGGCGGGACCCCGGCGUGAGCACCAGGCGCCCCCCUAGGAGUGCACGACCCCCGGAGCCGCCCUCGAUACGGACCGCGCCCGCCGGGCACACAAGAAUGGUCACUCAGAUACUGGGGGCCAUGGAGUCUCAGGUUGGGGGGGGGCCGGCCGGCCCGGCCCUGCCCAACGGGCCACUCCUUGGGACAAACGGAGCCACUGACGACAGCAAGACCAACCUCAUCGUCAACUACCUACCCCAGAACAUGACGCAGGACGAGUUCAAGAGUCUCUUCGGCAGCAUUGGGGACAUUGAAUCCUGCAAGUUGGUUCGGGAUAAGAUCACAGGACAGAGCCUAGGCUAUGGGUUUGUGAACUACUCUGACCCCAAUGAUGCAGACAAAGCCAUCAACACUCUCAAUGGCCUCAAACUGCAGACCAAGACCAUCAAGGUGUCCUACGCACGUCCCAGUUCUGCCUCCAUCCGGGAUGCCAACCUGUACGUCAGUGGCCUCCCCAAGACCAUGAGUCAGAAGGAGAUGGAGCAGCUCUUCUCCCAGUACGGCCGGAUCAUCACUUCCAGAAUCCUGCUGGACCAGGCCACAGGUGUCUCUCGGGGCGUGGGAUUCAUCCGCUUUGACAAGAGGAUCGAGGCAGAAGAGGCUAUCAAAGGACUGAAUGGGCAGAAGCCACUGGGUGCUGCUGAGCCUAUCACGGUCAAGUUUGCAAACAACCCAAGUCAGAAGACAGGGCAGGCCCUGCUCACCCACCUGUACCAGUCCUCUGCUAGGCGCUAUGCUGGUCCCCUGCAUCAUCAGACACAGCGCUUCCGGCUGGACAAUUUGCUCAACAUGGCCUACGGAGUCAAGAGGUUCUCCCCAAUCGCCAUCGAUGGCAUGAGCGGCCUGGCAGGCGUUGGCUUGUCUGGAGGCGCUGCAGGCGCUGGCUGGUGCAUCUUCGUGUACAACCUGUCCCCAGAAGCGGAUGAGAGUGUGCUGUGGCAGCUUUUCGGACCCUUUGGGGCGGUCACCAAUGUCAAGGUCAUCCGCGAUUUCACCACCAACAAGUGCAAGGGUUUCGGCUUCGUCACCAUGACCAACUACGACGAGGCCGCCAUGGCCAUCGCCAGCCUCAAUGGCUAUCGCCUGGGCGAGCGUGUGCUGCAGGUGUCCUUCAAGACCAGCAAGCAGCACAAGGCCUGAGCAUUACCGCCCUCCCUCCCCGGGCAGCAGAGAGAGAGAGAGAGAGAGAGAGAGAGAGAGAGAGAGAGAGAGAGAGAGAGAGAGAGAGAGAGAGAGAGAACAAACCAAGAGCAGGCAGACCACACACCUGCAAACACACCACAGGGUGAGCAUCCGGACGGGGAGGGUCUGCAGGGAAUGAGGGAAGGGUGUCCCCACCCUGUUCUCCUUGCUUUCCCCACCCCAGGCUGGGGCUUGUUCACUCUCUCGUCUUGGUUUGGUUCAUGGUGAUGGCUUUUGUUUCUUUUUUCGGCUAAAAACAAAAAGAAGAAAGCAGAGAGGAGACCCCCAUCCCACCUCACCCUCACCACCCUGCACGGGAUGGCUUAGGGGACACAAUGGUGCCCUACUCAGGCCUCCCUUGCCCAGGCCUGUCCUAUACCAAGAGAAAGGGGAGGGAACAGGUUUAAAAAUCCCCAAAACAGCAAAAACAAAAAACAAAAAAACAAAAAAAAAAACAAAACAUGAAAGAGGGGUGUGGGCAUCCCCAUCCCCGCCCUAGUCCCUGGGCAGAGAACAGGGAGCAGGGUUGGGGCAGAGCAGGAAGCAGGAAAAAAAGGGUGGGGUGGGGUGGGAGGGGAAGAAAAACUCUAUUUUUGUAAAAAGGGAAAAAGACCUCGUGGAGAAUUUUUACUGGGGAUUCUUGAACUUGAAAAAAAAUCACAAAAAAAGAAAAAAAAAAAAAAAAAAAGAAACUAUUUU